UUUGAAUGGUUUCUGAUCGCAUGCUUCGCGACCACCGCUGUAAUUAUGCUGCUUCUAGCAUCGUCACUGCAUCUUGGCAAGAGAUCUGCCGCAUCUAGAUGUGCUGCAAUGGCUGCUGUCGGAAAGUGCUAAACCGUUCAGUGCAGGACUCUAACAGAGAUUGUCCGCCGUAGCUCUUGCGGUGAUCGUACGUUCGCGUGUCCUUCAUUAUACUGGUGACCGCUCGCAUCGCAUUCGCUGUAUGGUACAAAGAUGUACCGCUCGGUAUUAUUGACAGUUGCCUUAGGCAUUGCUGUAUGUGGUGUCUGCCUGUUUUGUUGCGGCUUCCUGCUACAGAGGCAAGCUAUCGAAAAGCACAGUGAAUGCUCCGACAUCGCGGGCUUCUACCGAUCCACCAACAAAUCCACGGCUGCUCUACCCAGCCCACGGUGCUGGUAUCCGGCGAAAUUUAAAAAAGUCGUAAUUUUGCUAAUAGACGCCUUGAAGUUGGAGUUUGCUCAGUAUGGACCCCCGUGGGAUGAAAACGAGCAUUAUCGGAACAAGAUGCCGGUUUUCUCAGAGUUGUCUGCUAGUACUGGCGCUCAGCGCACUGUGUUGCUCAAGUUUGUCGCGGACGCUCCGACUACAACAGUGCAGAGGUUGAAGGCAUUGAUGACUGGAGGACUACCGACUUUUAUUGACGCUGGUACUAAUUUUUAUCAGAGUGAGGUGCGGGAAGACAAUUUGAUCAAUCAGAUGUUCAAGAUGGGCAAGAAGGUUGUGUUCAUGGGCGACGACGCCUGGGUCAACCUUUUCCCUGGCAAAUUCGCCCGUGCGUACGCGUACCCCUCAUUUGUUGUAAAGGAUUUACACACAGUCGACAGUGCUGUGCUACAACACCUUUAUCCAGAGCUGGACAAUCCAAAUAGAUGGGAUGUUCUGGUGGCCCACUUCCUCGGCGUUGACCACUGUGGUCAUUGGCUUGGCCGUAAUCAUCCAGCCAUGGCUGCCAAGCUCACUCAACUUGACCAGGCGAUAAGAUCAGUGGUUUCCAAAAUCACUGACGACACACUGCUCCUGGUGAUGAGUGAUCACGGAAUGACCAUUGAUGGUGACCAUGGGGGAGAAACAGAAGAUGAAGUAGAAGCAGUCUUGUUUCUUCAUGCCAAGAAACCUUUUCUGUCACCCCUGAACAACGAAGGUUCGGUGAGAGAAAUUUCACAUCCACCUUCCAUAGCCCAGGUGGAUCUUGUGCCUACUUUAGCAAUGCUAUUUGAUGUGCCCAUUCCAUAUUCCAACCUCGGCGCUCUACUGCUAAAAGCUUUUCCGGGCAUUGACGGGGACCACGCUGACCCAGGGCAGCUGCUUCCACUUUGGCUGAAUGUUCAACAGGUUGCACGUUACUUGGACAAGGUUCCUAACACCCCCUUGCAUCCGGAACUGAGGAUGCAGAAGCUGCAACAGCUGUGGGACCAAUGUCUUCAUAGACAAGGAAGUGUUGAAGCAGCCAGGAAUUUCAUUAAUGCCUCUGUGGCGUUCCUGCAGGAUGCAAGACAUGCAGCCCGGGAGGUCUGGGCCACAUUCGACAUCCCUCGUAUGUAUACUGGCCUAGCAAUGGCUGUACUUGGAACACUUUUGCUGCUAUGCUGCUGCUGUUAUCAGCUUGGAGAAGGAAGUGCAUCGGAUGUACUGAAGAGUCCUACAAGUGUUUGUGCUGUUUUUUGGCUCCUUAUGCCAUUCUCUAACAGCUUUUCUGUAGCUGAAAACAAGGUGUCUUUAUACCUCUUUCAAACAUUGCUGGCUGCAUCCAUCUUUUGCAAGGGCCCCAUCACAUUGAGCACUAGUCGGGGUUGUGCCUUGAUUUUCUGCCUGGUGAGCAUACUGACAGCUACAAGGCUUUCAGCACUGUUCUGGCGCUGCCGGGAAGAGCACCUGGGUCAGCCAUGUGAGGAGAGCCUGCUACAAAAAAACCCCUCCGACCCGGAGUCGUGGGGCCUUGAGCGAGUUUUGGUUGCAAGUGGCUGUGCCUUACUGCUCACUUGGUGUGCUUGGCCACCACGGUCUUCCAAUGGCCUUGCUGGUGCUUUGACAAGGGUGGGCCUAAUGGUUGCUACUGGUGCUUUGCUGGCACACUGGUUUGUUCAGCUCAAGCCACCUGCCACCAUCCAGAAUGUGCUCGGCUCUCACCAGGAGCUGCUUCCAAACACAGCCAUGCUAGUCAGCAUAGCUUUGGCAUUACUUGGUUGGGCCAUGCCCUGCUCACCUAUGGGCAUUGUGAGCCUGCUGCCUGCAUCUGCUUUGCUGUUCCUUUUGACGCUGGCUGGUGAAAGUUAUGCCGUGCCACUUUGCAUGAUGGUUGCUGCCCUGUGGGGACUUUCACACCUGUGGUGUUCAUGGCCUUCGACAGACCUGUGGGGACCUUUGCUGUGCUGGUUGCUGAUUGGCCAGUUGGGAUUCUUUAGCACAGGCCAUCAGGCAAGCUUUUCAACAAUCCAUUGGAAAGCAGCAUUUGUGGGAGCACCCAUCGACCGGUCACCCAUGAUCCUUGGUGCUAUAAAAGUGCUGUUGAACACUUUUGCUGGCCCAUUGGUGGCAGGUGCCAGCCUCCCCCUUCUGCAACACAGCUUUCACACACAAGGCGUGUCUUCUACCAAGAAACAGAUUAUGCCAUUUGUCGCUUACUGCGCACUGCUUCUCCUACAGGUUUGCAGCACAAUGGCAUCAUGCUUGCUUCUGCGGCGUCACCUAAUGGUGUGGACUAUAUUUGCCCCACGGCUUGUUUUUCAAGUGCUGUCAGCAUUCUUCGGCAUUGUUGCAGUGUUCAUUGGUUGGGUGUCAUCACAAAGGAUAGUGUCAAGAGCAGAAGUUUUUCAUAUAGAUUGAUCGGUUUCAUUAGUGAAGAUGUGCUAGACCUUAAAUAUUGACUCAACAGCAGAUUGUCAUGCCUUCAUAAAAAAGUCUUAGGUUUGAGAAGUGAGCAACAGUGUAACUUGUCGCAGUGUUGUUAAGUCGGUGCUUGUGCAUAGGGAUGGAAAGUCACAUGAAGCACUCAUGUUGCACAAUUUCUCUAAGGUUCAGCACCGUGACAAACCUCAUCUUUAGGAUGAUACUUCACAUCUGUACAGACACUUCAUGACACAUUCCAAUGAGAGUUACAAUAAUGCCCAUAUUUCACGUUUCUUUUUUCAGCUAAGUAAUCUCACUGCCUCAGUGUUCCUUUCAGAUGGACUAGUCAGUGAUGUGUAGGGCAAGGUUCUGUUGAAUCGGACAAGUCUUUUGCUAUAUUUAGGGGUUAAUGUUGCCCGUCUGCCGCCAGAUUUGGCAGAUAAAUUUGCCCCUGCAGCUGUGCCUUUCCCGUGAAGGCUCUGUGUCGUCCACGGUACAUUUUGUGAGUGCCUGUGCGACGUCAGUCAAUAAACAGAAUGACGCGUUCCAGAAGUCAGGGCAUGUGUGCAGCUGUGCAAUUAAGAGGUCGGACUUGAUCGUGUCUCAGAAUUAUGGUAUCUGCGCAUAACGACGCGUAGGAGUACAUGCUCAAGGAGAACUAAACUUGUGCACCGCGUUUUAAUACAUCGAACACACCGAAGCAUAGAAUACGCCAGGCAGGCUGUUUUAUAGCCGCUGCUGGAGCGAAGCGCGAUUCGCGCAUCCAGCCUUGGCACUUUUAAUCUGCAUUAGGACUUUUGAAAGAAA